AUGCUCUCCGAGGUGAUUGCUGGCUCCCUGGCGGAGCUUGCAAAGAGAGAUGAAGAAGAUCCUGGGGCUGAAAACCCGACCAAGCAGGAGAUGUACUCUGCAAUGGCCAUCUUCAUCUUCAUCCUGCUUCUCAUGGCAGCCUUCUUCACGAGUUAUAUCAUGCAGGAGAGGAAGAUCCAGGCUGUCCACGAAACCGUUGUGUCUAUUUUUGCUGGUAUGAUUGUUGGCCUUGUCAUCCGAAUCUCCGGCAGCGACAACAUCCAAAGCUUGCUUAGCUUCAGUCCGCAAAUAUUCUUUAACCUGCUGCUACCUCCGAUCAUCCUCUCGUCCGGCUACGAACUACACCAGGCGAACUUCUUCCGAAAUAUUGGCACAAUCCUUACAUUUGCUUUUGCCGGCACCGCCAUAUCGGCUGUUGUCAUCGGCGUCUUACUAUGGCUGUACACCAGGAUCCCGCUCGAAGGGCUGGAGGUGACCUUUAGAGAGGCAAUUCAAGUUGGCGCGUCUUUGUCUGCCACAGACCCCGUUACCAUCCUGGCCAUCUUCAACUCCUUCAAGGUCGACCCGCAGCUGUACACGGUUAUCUUUGGCGAGUCGAUCUUGAACGAUGCCAUUGCCAUUGUUAUUUUCGAGUCGGCACAACAUGCAGAAGGAAACGGCACGAGAAUCGGUGUAGUCAGUAUCAUCCAUGGCAUCCUGUUUACCUACCUCAGGCGAUAUCCUAAGAUGGAGAGCUGCAUGAUCAUCCUAAUUGCCUACUCGACUUAUUUCUUUUCACAAGCCAUCCAGAUGUCCGGCAUCGUAUCGCUGCUCUUCUGCGGCAUCACACUUAAGCAUUAUGCUUAUUUCAAUAUGUCACGCCGGACUCAGCUGACCACCAAGUUCUUUUUCCAAGUCAUGGCGCAGCUAUCCGAAAACUUCAUCUUCAUUUAUCUCGGCUUGUCGUUGUUCACGGAGAAGAAUUUGGUGUAUCAGCCUCUUCUGAUUAUCGUCACUGUGUCAUCGGGCUCGGCGCCAUGGCAGGAAGCUGCGGAUGUAUUGCCUUAUAACUAUCAAGCCAUGCUCUUCUGGGCAGGCUUGCGUGGUGCCGUCGGUGUGGCUCUUGCCGCGGCGUUCACUGGCAAAAGCAGAUUUGCCUUGCAAGCGACCGUGCUUGUUGUCGUUGUGCUCACCGUCAUCAUUUUUGGUGGAACCACUUCCCGCAUGUUGGAGAUCCUCGAAAUCAAGACUGGUGUGGUCGAGGAAAUUGACUCGGACGACGAGUUCGAUAUCGAAGCCAUUCACGGCGGAACUUGGCACAAGCGAUCAGGUACAGGCAUCGGGUUCAGCGCCCCUCAUCGUGGAUCAACGGUGCCAUUGGGGAACCUCGAUACGGAGAGGAACGGAAGUCCUGGCGGCAAUGGUGGCAGGAGCGGGUGGGCUUCUGGACAUCGGUCCCCAAAUCCCAUGCCGAGAAGACAGUCGAGCCGUCUCGAUGUCAAGAACAGCAACGACCUCGAGAGGGUGGAUUUGCUGGGAGUCUCAGGGAACAACACAGACUCUGAAAUUGGUAGCGACAUCGACACAUCGGAUUUGCCACCACCGGCCCCAAGAAGGAGACCGAGCCCGAUACCAGGAGGCGGAGAUGCUGAUCUUGAAGCCGGACCUGGCGAGCGUGGCAGCGGAUGGAAUCGAUCACCCUCUAACAACGAAGGUGGUCAGGGCCUCAGUGCCACGGCUGCUAUUCGACAGCUCUUCAGCAGUGAAGAUCCAUCGGCGCUGUUUAGACAGUUCGACGAAAACUAUAUAAAACCGAAACUUUUACUAGACGGGGGACUAGGGGAGGACAUGGUGGUCCCUCGGGGUCUGGCUAGGAGCGUAGAACCCGGCUAG